ACAAAUGUACGCGUAUAUAGAAAACUUGACUAUCUAAAUCCUUAAAGAUAACAGAAGCAAUAAAACUGUUCAAAUAAAUUGUAGGUUAACGUAUUUGCAUUUGAUACUUUUUGGCAAUAACAUAAGAAAUGGUUAAUUUUGAGCUAGAAACAAAAAUUGCGGAGUGGCGAAAAUGGGAUAGACACCCCGAAACCAAAGAUGCCUUGAAACAACUACUCAAAGAAAAAAACUAUGUUGAAUUAGAAAAAAUAAUGUUGCAUCGAAUUACUUUUGGAACAGCCGGCUUAAGAGGAAAAAUGGCUUUAGGAUAUUCCAACAUGAAUGAUCUCGUCGUCAUUCAAACGGCCCAAGGAUGGUUGAAAUACCUACAAGUGAAAGAUGUGAUAUUGCUAAGGAAAAACGGGAUCGUUGUUGGUUAUGAUGGAAGACAUAAUAGUAGAAGAUGGGCAGAAUUUACAGCAGCUAUAUUUGCUCGCGCUGAUUGUCCAGUUAAACUCUUUGGAGGUGUUUGUCCCACCCCGUUUAUAUCUUAUGCAAUUGGAAAAUAUGGGUGUGCUGGUGGCGUUAUGGUAACCGCAUCACAUAAUCCCAAAGAAGACAAUGGAUAUAAGGUGUACGACUCAAAUGCAUGCCAAAUAAUUGAUCCAGUCGAUAAAAAAAUUCAGUCUGCAAUUCUGAGAAACCUGCAGCCCUUAGAGACGUCUUGGAAUACUUCAAUAAUAGGCUUCACCCCACUGAUUACUGAUCCGUUGCACCAAUUGACCGACGAUUAUACCAAAUUGGUAGCUUCUACAAUCAAUCCGGUAUACGUAAACAAUAAUAAAAAAACCCAAUUAUCCUUUACUUAUACGGCUAUGCAUGGAGUGGGAUAUAAGUAUAUGAAGCGUGUGCUAGAUGCCAUUGGAGUUCACAUAAUACCGGUAGAAAAACAGAAAAAUCCGGAUCCCGAAUUUUCAACAGUAGAAUAUCCUAAUCCGGAAGAAGGGGAGGGUAGCUUGAAUUUGGCUAUUAAAACCGCCGAAAUGUUUGGUAAUACUCUUAUCAUCGCCAAUGACCCUGAUGCGGAUCGAUUUGCGUUUGCAGAGAGAGACAUAAAUACUGGCGACUGGAAAAUCUUUACUGGUAACGAACUGGGAGCGUUAUUGGGUUGGUGGAUGCUUCAUUGCUAUGAAAUUGAACAUAAAAACGCGCCAAUGGACCGUAUCUAUAUGCUGUCAAGCACAGUUAGUUCCCGCAUCCUGCAGAUAAUAGCUAAGGCCCGUGGAUUUAAUGCUAUAGAAACGCUUACUGGCUUCAAGUGGAUGGGCAAUAAAGCACUUGAGCUUCGUAAGCAAGGCAAGACGGUGCUUUUCGCUUUUGAAAUCGACAUCGGCUUUAUGUGUGUUCCAGAGAUUUUAGAUAAAGACGGAAUUUCCGCUGCAGCUCAUUUUACUACGUUAUGUUCUUUUGUUUACAGCAGUGGGAUGCAAAUGGCUGAUAAACUCGACCAAAUCUACAGCAUUUUCGGAUAUAAUGUCUAUAAAUACUCUUACUAUCUGUGUAGCGACCGAGCACUAAUUACUAAGAUUUUUCAAAGGAUACGAAAUUACAAAGAAAUUUUUGGGAAUCCACCAGAACUUUGUUAUGGAACAAGGAAAUGCAGCAUUCUAUCCGUACGAGAUCUCACCACUGGAUACGACAGUGGUGAGCCAGAUGGUAUUGCAAAAUUGCCCAAUUCCCCUGAAAUGAUUACGUUCAGAUUUGAACAUGAAUUCGUUUUUACUUUGAGAUCCAGUGGAACUGAGCCGAAAAUUAAAUACUAUGCAGAGCUAUUUGCAAAGCCCGAUACUACGAUUAGAAACCGAGAUAAACUUAGAGAGCUGGAGCAUCAAGUAAACGAUAUGCGUGACGCUAUGUUGGAAAUUUGCUUGCAACCUAAGUUGAAUAAUUUGCAACACAGAGAGGAUUGAAUAUUUCAUUGCAUGUUAUCUAACUAUAUUACAUUUUGAUAUGUUUAUAUUUUUUAAAUUAAUUUUCUGUUUUCAUAAGCGUACUUUUAUAUAUCAUGUGAAUAAAAAGUUGUAACAUUAUUUAUUAUAAAGUGAUUAAUUAA